AUGGCGUACACCUUCCCCCUCGAAGUCUGGGCUGAAAUCCUACAACACAUCGACGACCCCUUCACCCUCUGGGUCCCCUGUCGUCAAGUCGCUCGUGGAAUACGGUAUGAAGCAGAGCGCGUGUUUUAUACUACAUUCAUCCCUCUUCUCCACAUCGAAUGGACAGGUGCAGAAUCCGUGUUCGAGUACACGGAGCCCAACAUCAUCGCGACCCCGUACCUGCAGGCCGCAGACAGCACAUGGAAGUCCUCACCACUGACCUUGACGUUGAGCUCGACCGACGGAUACGAGGAAGUAAACCGAGAUAUGUCGUACUCAGAAUGGCGAGAAAGAGCACACCGCGCAAUCAACUACGCUGACAUGGACUUGUGGCGAGCCGACAUAGAGCACGAGAACUAUCACAACCAAGUUAUAUAUUUCAAUACUCCAGAUGUACGGUACACGUUUAUCAACAGUGCUGAAACGCGAUUCGACGAUGCCAAUUUCCAUGCUGUGGAUGGCGAAUGCAAGCCGUACAAAGCGCGCGCUGCGCUCGACUGGAGACAACUCAUGACUAGGCUGUUUGCUGAAGAGAACAUUGUACGAAAAAGGCUAGGGGGCUGUGCAUCGUCGUUCUGGGAGUACGCUGAGCGGCUUAUCAGGACCAUCUUUAGGAGUUCGGAGCGCCGCAUCUGUAUCGGGAAAGGGAAGCGAAGAUACGAAUACGAAGCUUUCAGGCGCAGAGUCGGUGUACUUAUUGAGAUGAUUUGUUGGAACGAUUUCGAAUUUCAUCCUCUGUAUACUAAAGCAUUAGAGCAGCGUCUUCGUUGCGCGUUCGAUCGUGAUGGUGGGAAUGCAGGCAGACUUGAGGACGUUUUUGGUGACGUCUGCGAAUACAGUAGACAGCGAGGGAGUGCUAUGAUGCAGAUACGGGCUAAUAGAUUGAUGGAUUUUGCCCAAGGGCUAUGGCUGCAGCGGUGGAAGGAUGAGGAAUGA